GUGUUGCUUUACGACACACGCAAUCGCUUUACGGAAGAGUAUAGCAUGUUCAGCUCACUGAUGUUGACAUUUUAAUCCGUAGCUUAAUGAAAUAACUAACUGCAAAUUUGAGUGUUUAUCGUAUACGAGUUCUGGAUUAUUUGUAGCUUGUUUCCAAGAUGGGAAAGCCGAAAAAGAAGAGUGACUUGAGUCGUGCAGAACUGAUGAUGAUGACAAUUGCAGAUGUCAUCAAGCAGUUGGUUGAGGCUCACGAACAGGGAAAAGAUAUUAACCUUAACAAAGUCAAGACGAAGACAUCAGCCAAAUAUGGUCUCUCUGCACAGCCACGGCUGGUGGACAUCAUUGCUGCAGUGCCACCUCACUACAGAAGAGCCUUGGUACCCAAACUGAAAGCCAAACCCAUUCGGACUGCCAGUGGGAUUGCAGUUGUCGCUGUGAUGUGCAAGCCUCAUCGCUGCCCACACAUCAGUUUCACAGGCAACAUCUGUGUCUACUGCCCAGGGGGUCCGGACUCGGAUUUUGAAUAUUCCACACAGUCUUACACAGGAUAUGAGCCGACGUCAAUGAGAGCCAUCCGUGCACGAUAUGAUCCUUACCUCCAAACUAGGCACCGAGUAGAACAGCUCAAGCAGCUGGGUCACAGCGUGGAUAAAGUGGAGUUCAUUGUAAUGGGAGGCACAUUCAUGGCUCUGCCGGAGGAGUACAGGGACUAUUUCAUCCGUAACCUCCACGACGCGCUGUCAGGACACACGUCCAACAGCGUCACUGAAGCUGUCAGAUACUCUGAACGCAGUAACACCAAAUGUGUCGGCAUCACGAUUGAGACCAGACCGGACUACUGCCUGAAAAGACACUUGAGUGACAUGCUGGCCUACGGUUGCACCAGACUAGAGAUCGGCGUACAGAGUGUUUACGAGGAUGUUGCUCGUGAUACCAACAGAGGACAUACCGUUCGAGCUGUGUGUGAAUCUUUCCACCUGGCUAAGGAUGCUGGUUUUAAAGUUGUAGCCCACAUGAUGCCAGACUUACCCAAUGUCGGUAUGGAAAGAGAUGUGGAGCAGUUUAUAGAGUUUUUUGAGAAUCCUGCAUUCAGACCAGACGGGCUCAAACUUUAUCCUACACUGGUGAUUCGAGGCACUGGAUUGUAUGAGCUGUGGAAGACGGGCCGCUAUAAGAGCUACUCGCCCAGUGCCUUAGUGGAUCUAGUAGCACGAAUUCUAGCGCUGGUCCCACCAUGGACUCGUGUGUAUCGUGUACAGAGGGAUAUCCCAAUGCCAUUGGUGAGCUCUGGGGUGGAACAUGGGAAUCUGAGAGAGCUGGCAUUGGCCAGAAUGAAAGACAUGGGCACUGAGUGUAGAGAUGUACGAACCAGAGAAGUGGGCAUACAAGAGAUUCAUCACAAAGUUCGACCAUAUCAGGUCGAGCUGAUCCGCAGAGACUAUGUGGCUAAUGGGGGCUGGGAGACCUUCCUGUCUUACGAGGACCCCGAGCAGGACAUUUUAAUUGGUCUCCUGCGUCUUCGUCGCUGCUCACCACAGUCCUUCCGGCCCGAGUUAAAGGGUGGCGUUUCCAUUGUUCGGGAACUGCAUGUCUACGGAAGCGUGGUCCCUGUCAGCAGCCGAGACCCCAGCAAGUUUCAGCAUCAGGGUUUUGGGAUGAUGUUGAUGGAGGAGGCUGAGAGGAUAGCCAGGGAUGAGCACGGCUCGAGCAAAUUGGCUGUUAUCUCAGGUGUUGGAACAAGGAAUUACUACAGAAAAAUGGGUUAUGAACUGGAUGGGCCGUAUAUGGUGAAAAACCUUUACUGAAGCAGAGAGGAAUCCCUGGAGACACUGACUUUAAGGGGAUCUUUACACCCCAUCUAUAAUUGGACUGGGCAUGAGGACUACAGAGAGCGUGUGUGUGUGUGUGUGUGUGUGUGUGGUCAGCACAAAGCAGACUGCACUGUUCAGUUACAUGCCAGCCAAAGAGAGUAUUCUGUAGUUCUCUUAUGAAGACCAUGAUGCAAGUAUCAGUGCUUGUUAGAAAGGUACACCAUUCUCCCUAGGCCUUAGUAUACUUGCCAGUGCAUUUAAUUCUCUGGGAUAACACUCAUUAUUUUUGGUUUCUACUGACAACAUUGGACAUAAUGGAGAUAAAAAAAAAAACUGGAGAGGCUUUGAGUUAUCCCGUUAUAAAAGCGCAUAUUUUCCAUGUGGAUUUGGGAGGGGAAAAUAAUUUAUGCUUGGCACAUUUGAUUAAUCCACCAUUUUCAUUUUGAAGAUGGAUUAAUUGCAUUUUCAUGUUUUCUUGGCUGUGCAUGAAAAGUGUUCAUCUGGUCAUUUUUUUAUUGUUAAUAAAAGAUAUUUAUCCAGGA